ACCUCACUCCUGCCUGCUUCCUCCUCUUCCCCUUCCCUCCAAUUCCAAGCUUCUCCAGAUCAAUCAGAAAGGGGGACGGAGUAGCAGCCCAGCAAUGGUGCUCUGCAGCUUCUACGCCUCCACCUCCCUUCCCGUCGCCAAGCUGCAGCAGUCCUUCCCCUCCUCCAAGUCCCCCUCCACUGUCGCCGCGACCGCGGUGACCACCGUACCGGCACAGACUGUGACGACGACGACGACAGCGUCCACAGCUGCCGCAGCGCUGUCGCUGCACCUGCCGGAGCUACCGUCGCAGGUGAAGGACAAGAUCCUGAGCCUGGAGCUGAUGGGAGUGGACUACGGGCGCGCGCUGGGGCUGAACCCGGCGCUCCGCGACGCGCCGCCGGAGUCCAUCCACGCGGUGGUGACGUUCCUCCAGUCCCGCGGGCUCCAGUUCAAGGACCUCGGCCGCGUCUUCGGCAUGUGCCCGUCCGUGCUCACCGCCAGCGUCCGCGCCGACCUCCGCCCCGUCUUCGCCUUCCUCUCCGAAGACCUCGGCGUUCCCGAGUCCGCGCACCGCCGCGUCAUCGUCAAGUGCCCCCGCGUGCUCGCCUGCAGCGUCCGCGACCAGCUCCGGCCCGCGCUCAUCUACCUCCGCCGCCUUGGGUUCCGGGACAACCGAGCGCUCGCGCUCCAGGACCCGAUCCUCCUCGUCUCGAGCGUGGAGCGGACCAUGGCGCCCAAGCUGGAGUUCCUGGCUGGGCUGGGCAUGUCCCGGGACGACGCCGUGGCCAUGACGCUGCGGUGCCCGGCGCUUUUCACGUUCAGCAUCGAGCGGAACUACAAGCCCAAGUACGAGUACCUGGUGGCGGAGAUGGGCGGCGGUGUGGAGGACAUCAAGGCGUUCCCGCAGUACUUCGCCUUCAGCCUCGAAAAGCGGAUCGUGCCGCGCCACCGCGCCGCGGCGGAGGCCGGCGUCGCGCUACCGCUGCCGGACAUGCUCAAGGCGACCGACGAGGAGUUCAGGGAGAUGCUCGAGAAGGAACAGAAGCUGCAGGAGCAGGCAACAACCGACUGAGUGCGUGCUUUGUAUCCUUACCGAGCUAGUACAGCAUUUGCACCUGAUCGGAGGAAUUCAACCGCCGUUCAUGACGGCAGCCAAAUAGCCCAUUGAUUUCGGUAACUAGUCUGUACAUAUGCAAUGACAUCAAUUUGGUGUUCAUCAUGGCUCCUAGUUCCCGAGAGGUGACAUUUCAUUCUACAAUUGUAAGCACUGAGCAGUCGUGUGUUCUGUAUCUAUGUAUAUAUGUAUGUAUAGUCCUCGACUCCUAGACGUACGUACGUGUGUGUGUAUUAUUGUUCCACUUACAGGACGUAGGUUGUAAAUGAAGUGAAAAGCUCCGGUGAAAAACACAGGGAUAUUGCAAAGGUCUAAUUCAGGUGUAGUCUUGUGCUGUAAUCUCACAAAGUGUAAAUCACAGAGAGUUUAUUUGGGGUACUAAUACUAACGAGGAAAAAGUUUCAUA